GCUUGAAAAUAACUUUUUCAUAGACCUAAAUUAAAUGUGAUUUUUAAUUGUUAAACUGUAUUGGCGAAGUUAAAUGCUUCGCUUAUGUUACAUUCAUAGAAUAUAUUACGGAUUAGUGAAAAGACUGCAUUGGAUUGCGGUCUUUACGUUUUGUGGUUGGCUCAUUUGUCAAAAUCCGAGCACACAGCACAGAAAACAGUUGAACAAAAAGUCUACUUUGGGAAGAGAAUUAUACUUAUUUCCAGAAGCAAAUCAACAAAAUAAACAUUUUCCAACAUUUCCUGACACUGGGGCAAAAACGUCAUUAAACUCUAGCUGCAAUAAAAGAGGGCUUGUUUUUCUAAAAACACACAAAACAGGUAGCACGACACUCACCAACAUCAUACUAAGAUAUGCAGAGAAACAUAAGCUAGUGGUUGGCUUACCAUUAGAAAGACAUUGGGAGUUGGCUGGAUAUCCAGCCUUAUUUAAUCGACAGCUUAUUGUUCCACAUCUGCCAAAGUAUGAUGUGCUUUGUCAUCAUUUCAGAUACCACCACCAAGAUGUAACAAAGGCAGUUAAUAGCAAUGCUUUAAGAAUCACCCUGCUGAGAGAACCUGGUGACUGUUUUGAAUCUGGAUUUGCAUUUUUUCGGGAUUGGCCUUAUCCUGCCUGGUUUACCGAUCCUACAGAUGAGCAAAGUUUGGUGGAAUUUAUAUCAAAUCCCAAAGGAUAUUACAAUAGAUCGACACCAUGGCAUUUUAGAGCAAAAAAUUACAUGGCAUUUGACUUAGGAUUUGAUAAUGAAAGGAAUGACAUCAGUUACAGUAACAGUAUAAUACAACAAAUGGAAAAUAAUUUUGAUUUGGUAUUGAUUACUGAAAGAAUGGACGAAUCUUUAAUUUUGUUAAAAGAUAAACUUUGCAUGGAAGAUUAUGAAGAUAUUGUUUAUCUUCGGCUUAAAGUUCGUCAUAAUUCUUCUCGACGAAAACUUUCUGCUGAAACUAAAGACAAAAUUUUGCAGUGGAAUUACCUGGACGAAAGACUUUAUGAUUUCUUCAACAAAACUCUUGACAAAAAGAUUUCUGAGUAUGGAACACUUAGAAUGAAAAAUGAAUUACAGAUUUUUAGAAGUCACCUCGAAGCUGCUGCAAAAAGGUGCAUUUUAUAUUAUGAUCAAUUUGACAUGAAGCCGUGGAUAAGCCGCAUUAAGCUGCGUGAUAAUGCUGGAGCUCACUGUGAACAACUUACAUGGGGAGAGGUAAAAUAUGGAGAUUAUUUGCGAAAAAAGCAACAGAAAUAUUCUGGAGAAGGUCGUGUGCAUCAACCUUCAUAUGGUGAAUUAAAAAGAAUGUUAAAUGAAGCUCAAAAAGCAGUUAUUGGAUCAAAGUGAAAAUAUUAUAACCACAAAAUGCGUAUUUUCCUAAUCUUAACCCAAAUAACUAGAUAACUGGUAUAUUGAUCACUGUUGUUGCUUGUCCGGUGCCUUUCCGAAGUGGUUAUUGCGCAAAACGUGAUCACGAACGAAGAGACAGUAUACGUUUAGCAACCGCAAUAAAUUCACGUUUAUAUAGUGGGGGGAAAGAUGGGAGAACUUUCAUUCUAUUUUUUCAAUCCAUUUGGUUGUAAACAAAGAACAUUUAAAGAAUUAAAGGUGUCCCAUCUAAAGGUGUCCCAUCUUUCCCCACCCUACUACAUUGUUACUGGUUACAAGUUAAAUUCCAACCACUAUUGCAAAACAUACGUUUCAUUUUUCAGUGAACUUAAAAAGAAAAUUUCUCAUUCUAUUAAUAAACUUGUUUGCUGUG